GUUAAGAACAAAUCGUGAAAAACAAAAGAACAUUUACCAUGUGGCGUUCAACUCAAGUCAACACUGUUUGAUCUUUUGCUGUUACUUGUAUUGGUCUUUUACUGAAUUAACAAUUGAUUCUUUAUUCAAUAGAUGGCCAGUAAGAUAAAAAAAGCAGGCGGUGCUGAGCCGGAUGCGUUUGAAUUAUCUCUUGCUCAGGCACUUCUCGAUUUGGAACUAAACAGUGAUCUUAAAGCCCAGUUACAAGAGCUGUACAUCUCAAAGGCGAAGGAAUUAGAUAUUGCUGGGAGGAAGUCAAUUAUUAUCUAUGUUCCAAUGCCGCAAUUGAAGAGUUUUCAAAAAAUUCAGAUUCGCCUCGUCAGAGAGUUGGAAAAAAAGUUUUCUGGGAAGCAUGUUGUGUUUGUCGGAGACAGAAAGAUACUUCCAAAACCUACUAGAAAAUCAAGAAGAAAAUGCAAGCAAAAGAGACCAAGGAGUCGAACACUAACAUCAGUCUAUGAUGAGAUCCUUGAAGAUAUGGUUUUUCCUGCUGAAAUAAUCGGCAAAAGGAUUCGGAUGAGGCUUGAUGGUAGACAAAUCAUCAGAGUUCACCUGGACCGGCUUCAGCAAGUGAAUAUUGAACACAAGAUUGAUACAUUCAUUAUGAUGUACAAGAAACUGACGGGAAGAGAGGUUACAUUUGAGUUUCCACAACCAUAUAUUUAAAAGCAGUAGUUAUCUUUUACUAAGUCAAAAGUUUAUUUUGCAAAAUGUUUGUGGCAAAAUAAUUUAAUAAGCUUUUUUUAAACUAUUUUCAUAAUGGUUUUGUUAUAAAUGUAAUAUAUAUAUAUUUCGUCAUUAUUCUUUUUAAAUUUAAUUUAUUAGUUUAGCUUAAUUUUAAUUAUUAAACAGAACAUUAAUGUGAAAUAAUGAACAAAACAGAACUACUUUUGUGGUUAAAAUCUUACUUAAUUAAAGUACUACUCACUCUUGAUUUUAAUUGCUUUGUUUUUUUAUAAAUUUAUAUAUUCACUAGUCUAUAUAUGUUCCACAUAUCCAUCAUUCCUGACUCAACUUUGGUCUCCAGAAGGUCUUAACAAUGUCUCCAACUGAGUGGUAAUGCACAGAAACCUUUUUGCAUUAAAUUAGACUGUAUGAAUAAAAACUAUGAAAUGUUAAGCAAGAAUUUUAAGCUAUAUUUUGAUAUAUACUUCAUGGAGGGGAAAGUCAUAAUUAAUACAAUGGAGGUCAAUGUUCCGUUGAAUUUUCCUGAUGAGGUUAUUUUUUUAUAUUUUAGGUUGUUGAUAAACACAAUGAAAAUACAUAGCACAGGUGGCAACAACAGAAAGAAAAAAAAAUAAUGGGACUUACUCAUGCCAAUUUGUGUAUGAAUUAAAUUAGGGUAAAUAAAAUAAUGGCCACUUCUCUUUGCCUCCUCAUCUUCUUUUCCCCCCUUGCCAGGAACAGCUUCCUCCUCUACUCUACCAUUUUUAGGAAUAUCCCAUGAGAAACUACUUACAAAGUAAAGUGUUCUUACCAACCUUUUACUCUAGCCUCAUAAAUUUUACGUUUUUUGCUGGUAUAGUUCGUCCAGUGCAAAGAAAGCGAUCUCGAUCUUAAGUCCAUGAACUUGGGGACCCGAAACAUCUUGUAAUGAUUAUUUUUUAUUACUUUUGAGGCUCCAUAGUUCUUAAAGAUAUUUUAAUUUGAUUCAGAAUCUAUCUUGUACCUACAACUUAACUUCUUGCUUUCGUUACCCAUUUUUUCCCCCUUUCGUGUUUAAAUUUUUCUCUCUUCUAAACCUUUUUUCCUUUGUUUCUUAAUUUUUUUAAAAUUAUUUAGAAUAGCUACUUGUGACAAAUAAACCUAAAACAUAAAGUCACUGAUAAAUGACAUUUUCCCAUUAUUAUGGAUGUAUUAUAGCUCUCAUGAAAUCCACCUAUGUUUAGAUAGAUAAUCCUGUCUGGUCAGAGACGGCAACACGUUAACAUCUACUAUUUCUCAUAAUAUCGUAUACUU